GCCAAGUACCUGGCACAGAUCAUCCUGGUGGGGGCCCAGGUGGUGGGACGUGCCUUCAUGCGGGCGCUGCGCCAGGAGUUCGCAGCGAGCCGAGCGGCGGCCGAUGCGCGAGGGCGUUCCGAGAGGCCACAGUCUGCUGCCGCCUCCAGGAUCAUCGGCAUCAGCCUCCAGGAAGCUCAGCAGAUCCUCAAUGUCUCCAGCCUCAACCCCGAGGAGAUCCAGAAGAACUACGACCACUUGUUCAAGGUGAACGACAAGUCGGUGGGAGGCUCCUUCUACCUGCAGUCCAAGGUGGUGAGAGCCAAGGAGCGGCUGGACGAGGAGCUCCGCAUCCAGGCCAAGGGCAACAAGGAGAAGGGGCAGAAAGCCGAGACGUGACUCCUGCUAUCCCUGUCCCCUGUCCCUCACCCUUAACUUAUAGGCUGCCAAUAAAUACCAUGUCCUCCA